UUGACUACAUAAUGAAUGUGAAUUGUGUGUAUAACUGUAUUAUUAUAAGAGGUCAAGAGGUAAUUUUUAGUGAUUGAAAAUCCUUAUGUUACGAUGUACGAAGAAAAAAGAACUAGUUUUAAAUACUAUAGGUUCACGGACUUAUCAAUCUCAAUGGGAAAUUCUGAGAUAUGAUACUUAAUUGAUACAACUCACUGUGACUAAAAGGUCAAAGAAGUAUGGGAGCCGUAAACUGCUAUUAUAUAUUGGUGUGGUGGAUAUUUUUCAUUCCUCUGCUUGAUGCUGAAACGUGUUACUUCUACGAAAAAGUCAUGGAUAAAAAUUUGAAUAGUUGGAGUACUUUCUAUUCUAUGAAUGAGAAAGAUUCCAGAGUUCGUUAUAAAAUUCAGCAAUCCUCGUUUUAUUGCUCCUUUAACCAAUAUUGCUGUUGGAAGGACUGCUGCUACAAAUACCAAAACGAACCAGAGGAAGACAGCGAAGAUAACACAGCCUUAUCUACGGCCUCUGUAUGGGGCAUUAUUAUCGGUGUCGGGAUGGGAACAUGUGUGUGUUUAUUCUGUUGUGUUCAGUUAUGUAAAAGUGACAACGCAGCUCAAACAUCUAUACCGAUGACUGUCGCUCGUUCUGACAAUGGAACAGUUGUUGUCCGUCAGAGAAAUCCGGAGGAAUCUGAUGCUGCACCUUUAACGCUUCUCUUUCCCGACGGCCAAAACAUAGAGCCACCCACGCGAUCAAGUCUGGAGCCUGAGCGUGGAGUUCCUGGCAAUCAGACAGACCUUGGAUCGACUUCAUCUCCAAAUGAAUAUAAUAAUAGUUCACCUCAUACCAUAGACUAUACACUACCCCCACCAUCAUACGAAUACGUCAUGUCACAUAAUUUUCCUGGUAGUGAGAGUGUGCAUUUGAAUAAGCAAGCAGAUUAAAUGGGAAUAUGCAUGAUUUAUAUUAAUGGUUACUUUCAUUCAUAUGUCGAUUCGAUAUAUCCUAGUGAACUUGAUAUGAACAUACAUGUAGUCUGUUUCAUAUUUGGAUAUUUCAUUGAUUAAUGACAGUAAGAGCAAACAUACAGCUAAAUUGUUUGACAAACGAGAUGAUUUCAAUUUUUCUUAUUUACAGUAAAUAGAUAUUUCGCUAUCACCUGCAUAUAGUGUAAACAUAUUCUAAUGUAUUCGAUACUCAAGAGUAUGGACUGAGUACGAUUAGCUUAUUUAGAGUGAAACAGACUUCUGCAUAAUGUUAUAGAAAUUCCAACACCCGGUUAAAAUCGUCAUUCAAACAUUCUGUGGUCGCAACAAUUAAUAGCCUGUUAGCAAAUAUAAUACAAGAGGCCCAUGGGCCACAUCACUCACCUGAGCACUAAGGGUAGGAAAAAGUAGAAAAUAGCUUUUUAAUUGUAAA